CUUAAACCCUAGAAUCUUAACCCUGUUGCCCAAUCCUUAAACCCGCCAGAAAUACAGCAAGAAAAAGAAAAACAGAAAAAAAAAAACCUUAAACCCCCAUAAACCUUCCGUACAACUCCUCCUCCCCUCUCUUAUGCAACGCAUUAAACUCAAGCAACUCCGGGUUUGAACUCCAAUCCUCCUCCCGUCGCUUUUCAUCUUCUUCCCAAACGGUCGCUUUUCAUCAUCUCCGCCGAAGCAUCCGCACCUACCCAAAACCGAGCCACAAGCAUUGCAAGUCUGCAAUAGAAUUGGGUUGUUUGUUUAAAUUGGACUGAUUUUGUUGGAGAGAAGUUUCUGUUUUGUUCUUAAUAUGGGAAAGCAAUCAGCUCAGAACCCAAGAUUUGGGAAACGCAAAAUACCCAACAAGUUCAACACAGGCAGGAAAACUCGUCGUCUUGAGGAAGAAAAUGUUGCACAUAGCCCCUCCUCUACUUCCUCAGGGGAACUACCAAAGGAAGAAUCUAACGGUGUGUCUGAAGACGAAAUGGUUUAUAAAGAGCCAUCCAUGUAUGAUAAAUUGUUAAUGACGCUAGGGUCAUCUAGUAAAUCUGUUGCUGCUGCAUAUAAACAAAGAAAAAGACAAGAAGAAGGUUUAAGUGACACAGAAAAGGAUGAAGAUGAUGGGACUGAAUCUUCUAUUGACUCAGAUGAAGAGGAUGAUAGUGAAGAAGGAGUUGAUGAUGAAUUUCCUACGAAAGGAAAACCCAAAGACCCUGAAAUAGCUGGUAUUGAGGAACAGAGUGAAGAUGCUGAAACUGAGGAUGAUCUGGAGACCUCUGACUUGGAUGACCAGGAGAGCUAUGACUCGGGUGUACAUUACCUGGGAAUCAGUUGUCCAUCUGCUGUUGAAGAAUCAAUGUGCUUGAGUUCCUUUGAUGUACACUUUGGGCACAAGUUAACAAAAGCAGAGGUUGAAAAUCUGUCAAAAAAGAAAUGGAAAUAUGAGUGGGAAGUGCCUGCUGUUGGGAUGUCAAAGGGCAAGUGGGCUGGAACAGGAGAGUGUUUCAUAAAAGAUGACAACCCCAAUUCUGGUUAUGGUCUGAAGCCAAAGUUGUACAAGCACUGGUUGGAUGUAUAUAACACAUCUGGAGGCAAUAAUUUUCAUUCAUCUAGACAAAGAUUAUUCUUCUCCCUCUUCAACAGCUAUCGGGAUAUAUUGCAUUGCAACAAAAAACCCUUUUAUCAUAGAGGCUCUGACGAAGACUCGAGUGCCAUGGAUGCAUAUAUUAUGCAUUGUCUGAAUCAUGUCUUCAGAACUAGAGAUCUUGUAAUGAAGAAUGAUGCAAAAGUGUCCAAGCGUCAAGAAAUUGAUAAUAAUGAAAUUCUUGCUGAUGAUAGUUUCCUUGAUCAUGGAUUUACUCGUCCUAAGGUUUUGAUCAUAUUGCCAAUUGCGAGCAUUGCACUUCGUGUUGUUAAGAGGCUAAUACAGCUUACUCCUUCAGCUCACAAGGUUAAUGUGGAGCACAUGGAUCGAUUUUGUAGAGAGUUCGGAACUGAAGACGAUCAUGAUAAUGAGGACGAAAAAGAAAUUCCCCCAGGUGACCUUGACUACGGAAGUGUAAAACCUCAUAAGUCUACGAAACCUGGUGACUUUCAAGUACUUUUUGGUGGAAAUAGCAAGGAUGACUUCAUGGUUGGCAUCAAGUUCACAAAGAGGAGCAUAAAGUUGUACAGUGAUUUCUAUACCUCAGAUAUGAUAGUUGCCUCUUCAGUUGGUUUGUUGAAGAAAAUUGAUGAGGCUAAAGUAAAUAAGGAAAAGGAUGUCGACUAUCUUUCUUCCAUAGAGGUUCUAAUUGUUGAUCAUGCAGAUGUUAUAACAAUGCAGAACUGGAACUUUUUAAAGUCAGUUGUUGAACAAUUGAACCACAUACCCUCUAAGCAGCACGGAACUGAUGUCAUGCGUAUAAGACAGUGGUACCUGGAUGGAUAUGCAUCCUUCUAUAGGCAAAUGAUACUUUUGAGUUAUUAUUCAACCCCAGAUAUAAACAGUUUGUUCAACAAGAACUGCAAUAAUUACCAUGGGAAGGUGAAGUUGGUGCAUGAACAUAAAGGAGUUCUUCCUAAAGUUGUACUUCAAGUCCGCCAGAUUUAUCAGCGGUUUGAUGCAGAUUCAAUAGAGCAUUUUGAUGAUGCUCGUUUUGAAUAUUUUACUACGAAGGUUUUCCCAAAAAUAAAAGAUUCUAUUGAGGGUGGGAUUAUGAUAUUUAUCAGUUCUUACUUGGAAUAUGUUCGAGUUCGGAAUUUUUUAAAGUCGCAGAGUGCAUCCUUUUGUUUGCUUCAUGAAUAUGCAGAACAAAGUGAUAUUUCUCGUGCACGGGUUCAGUUUUUUGAAGGAAAGCGGAAGAUCAUGCUUUACACUGAGAGAUCACAUUUUUACCACAGAUAUAAGAUUCGUGGAAUUCAGAAUUUAAUAAUCUAUUCACUGCCAGAGAGAAAGGAAUUUUACCCUGAGGUUGUUAAUAUGAUUGAUGGGUCCCAUGACGUGGCAUGCACAGUGCUCUUUUCUCAUUUUGAUCUCCUUCGGCUUGAGAGAAUUGUGGGAAUGGCUUCAGCAAAGAGAAUGGUGACAUCAAAAAUGAGUAUGUUUUCUUUCUCUUGAAGACUUUGGUGAGCUCAAGAAGCCCUUAGAAAUUCAGAAUAUCAGGCACUUCCAGCACCGCAAUGGUAGCUAUUCUGUCGUCUUCCAAACCAACCUUCAUAAGAUACGAGCAAAGGAAGUCUUGAUUUUUGGAUAUAAGCAUGGGGGUUCAGAAAGGAUGUUCAAAGAAAUAAUGCAUUGUAAUUUAACUUUGUAUUCUUGACUUAUUUUUUUAAGCAACAGGACAGGUUUGAUAUUCUAGGUUGUUGUACAUGUAUAAUUUUUUAUAGUGAGCAAAUGCCAAUUGACAAUUUU